GCAGACUUAAUUGAUGCUUUGGCCGUGAAAUGCGAAGAAGAACCAUAUAAAAGACACCUCUUGAUCGAGUAGAGUUAUCAUUCGCUUGUUAACAGUUCAUCUGUUGAGACCAAUCCAACCGGAGCAUUCAAUCAUGAAGGUGUUCGUAGUGUUGUCCAUGGCCCUGGCCAUUGCAUCAGCAGCCGCAGUUGACGAAUCCGCCAAGAAGGACAAACGUGGCCUGUGGGAAUUGGGAUCGUACGAAAACCAUCAUGGUCUGGAAUUGGACAACUACAACCAUCAUCACUUCGAUCAUCUGGGUCACAAGGAAGUCAAGAAGGUGACAACGAUCACCAAGAAAGUCCCAGUUCCAUAUCCAGUGGAGGUCGAGAAGCAUGUCGCCGUUCCAGUGAAGGUUCCCUACCCGGUCGAGGUCGAGAAGAAGGUCCCAGUGAUCGUUGAGAAGAAGAUCCCGUAUGUCGUCGAAAAGAAGGUUCCAUACCACGUCGAUCGUCCAGUUCCAUAUCCAGUCGAGGUCAAAGUGCCAGUUGUCCACAAGGAGUACGUCGAAGUGCCGAAACCGUACGCAGUUCAUGUCGAGAAACCCGUCCCGGUCUACAUCCAGAAGCCAGUUUACGUCGAGAAGCAUGUUCCGGUGACCAUCAAGGUCAAGGAACAUCAUCACGAAAAGAAGGGCUGGGGAUUGUUCUAA